CACGAUCUUGUUGUGAUUUCGGAACCAACACAGACACGAAAUAGUCAUCUAUACCACUUGAGAAGACUCAUUCAGCAGCAUUAGCCAACAAGCAGUGUUGUUGUCGAGCGACAGCGUCAGCGAAACGGUUCUGGCGACACGAGGGGACCCCGCUGUACGACUUCACAUCACGAGUCACGACGCACCAUGGCCGAGAAACAACCAGUACCACCGGCGGCGACAGCACCUGAUCCAGACGAGGAUGACUUGGACGACCUGGACGAUGUGCUUGACAGCUUCCAAAAUGCGAAGGUCUCCGAGCCCGCGAAGGCCGCUCCAGCAACAGCACCAGCCGCCUCUACAUCCACGCCAGCACCCUCAGGGCCAGGCCGACCACCUGUAGUCAGUCACGAUGCAGGCUCCGAGGCAGACUUUGCAGCACAGCUGGAAGCUGGCAUGAAAGGUCUCAUAGGAGAGCUGGACUCGAAUCCUGAAAUGCAGGCCGAAUUUGAGAAGAUGAUGCAGGAGCUCAUAGCAGCCGGAGCCGCAGGGUCAGAUGCACAAGCUGGAGAGCAUCUACGAGAGGCCGCGAAAGUAGUCUCGCCCGAACAAAGCAAAGCGAAGCCAGCAACAGCAGGAGCAGGGGCAGGAGCAUCUUCAUCAGCUGCGCCCAAGAGAGCCGGUGGCAAGCAGGACAACUUCCAAGACAGCAUUCGCAAAACGAUGGAGCGAAUGCAGGCUUCCGACAGCACAGCUAAACAAUCCACAUCGCAAAAUAUGUCUGAAGAAGACCUGCUGGCGCAAAUGAUGCGUGAGUUGACAGAGGGCGGGGAAGGAGGCGAAGAAGGGUUCAACAGCAUGCUCAUGAACAUGAUGGCACAUUUGACGAAUAAGGAAAUUCUUUACGAUCCAAUGAAAGAAUUGCAUGAUAAGUAUCCGGAGUACUUGGAGAAGAACAAGGACAAGAUUUCAAAGGAGGAUUUGACGAGGUAUCAAACACAGCAGACGCUCGUCAAGGAGAUUGUGGAGAGGUUUGAGAGGAAGGAGUAUAGCGAUAACAACGAGGACGACCGAGAGUAUAUCGUGGAGCGGAUGCAGAAGAUGCAAGCGGAGGGCUCGCCACCUACAGAUCUCGUUGGAGACAUGUCUGCCGCGCAAGAAGCCUUGGGAGAUCUGGAAGGCGGGUGUCCCACCCAAUAACCAUUCUUCUUAUUGGCAUUCGUGAUACCCUUCCAUCAAACAAAUCUGUACUUGGACCUAGCCGCCAUCUUUGCAGCAUUCUGUACACAGUUCCCAGUCGAUCAUGAUUCGCCACCAACGCCUCGCUAA